AUGUCUGGGCAAAGUAGUCUGAAGCCUUCAAGAAUGUCAUUUUUGUCACAGGACAGUGUUCGUGUUGUUGAACCACAACGAUACGAUUAUGCCAAUUGUUGUUUCUGCGAAGACUCUUUAACUAUAACGUUGCCGGGUGAAGUAGUAUUACAUUUAUUGUGCGAUCAUAUCUGUCAUAAGAAUUGUUAUGCAUUAGUUUUGGACAAGUAUGAUCAAGAAAAGAGACCAAUUUGCGGACAGUGCAAAAUACACACAAAAUGUCGAGAAGAAGAAGUGCAUAGGGCUAUAGUUGAGCAGUAUUUGUCGUGCCAUGAUGAUGUGCCAGAUAUCGAAGAAGAACCAGAUGAGGAACUUGAAGAGGAAUUAGAUGAAGCACUAGUGGAUAGGAAAGGAAAGGGGAAAGUGGAAAUAGAAAUGGAGACGGAGAUGGAGAUAGAAGCGGGGGAAAUGGCGGAGAUGGAUGGAGGACAAGAGAAGAAAACAACAGACAAACCACAGAUAAAUGCAAAAAGAGUUAAAUGCGGUGGUAAUCACCUGAGAACUUCAUCGAUUAUGUCCUAUGAAAAUGAAUCAGACAAUGCAGAAAAUGAAGUAUUUUCUCCCGCGGGACCACUACCUUCAAACGAUCCGAUUGGAUCACCACCAUUGCUGGUUAGUUUUCCACCAUUGAUUGCUGAAGGGUACGAGGAAUACGUUUAUCGACCUUCAAUAACGUUUUCAAGUGAAACGGCAGAAGUCAGGGUGGGGGGAGAACUGGAUGAGAUAAGUUACAUAUUGAAUAUCAAGCCUCCGCCUAUAUACAACGAGUCAUCAUUAAUGUCCAAUUUGCAAGAUUAUCAGAUCCAGGCCAACGUAAAUAGCUACAUCAAACGACAAUUGCAACUAGAUUUUGACUUGGGCGAUUUGGUGAUAUUUGACAAUAUGCAGAUUAGUGUUGAUGGAAUGAAUUGGGAUGACUCCAAGAUUUAUCUAUUCAGCAACUAUUUGCUACUUUACAAUGACAAGACACUUGAAGGAAUGAUCUCAAUAGCAGAUGACUUGUGUUCAGUGACGUUUUAUCAUGGUAUUCUUAAUUUGAACCUUGCAGAUGGUGCCUUACCAGAGUUGAACAUCCGUAAUAAACUAACCGACGCAUUGACUGAAAAAUGGGCGUUUUAUUUGAACCAAGUAAGAAAUCAGCAAAAUCCAGAAGUGAGUCUAUUCCAAUUCACGAGCACUUGCUGGUUAGAGUUGCAAGAUGAAUUUGAGAUUCCAAGCAAUCUUGCAAGGUUUUGCAAGUUAUUAUUGCAUGGAGGCGAGCUUCUGUCAACGUAUAUUGCCAAAAUAUUACCACCACCAAAACCUUUACCAUUGAAUUUAAUCUUUGCCUGUCCGCUAUAUAACGCAACUGAGAGUAUUACCAACAAAGAGUAUACAAAAUGGCUUCAGGAUGUUUUAAAAACUGCGCUUGAAUCUUUGAGGCCGCAAUAUGAUUAUUUAACUGUGAUAUUUCUUGGUGUUGAUGCAGAUAGACUGGCUGCGAAAGAUUCACUGUUUGUAUGUGCGCCAUGUCAAUGGGACGGUUGGGAGGAGUUUAUUGAUGAGAUUGAAGUGGUAUUGAAAAAUUCAUUUCACAGCAUCGCUGAAGAGUUAAAUGCUGCUCUAGGUAAGUGCCAAGCAAUACUUUCUUUCCUUCCUAACAAAUCCAGCUCAAUCAACAAGUUGUUGUUUUUAGGUUUAGGGGCAAGCACAACAAGAGGAAAAAAACUGAAUGAAAAAGAGACACAGGAAGGAAAAGAAAACAAAAUUAGUGCACCUAGUCUCAUUAAUUAUACAGAAUUACUCGAUACAUUAUCGGUCACAGUAUUGAAAGUUGGAUCACACGAUCCAGCACUCAACGAGGCUCUUGAUAAACUACCUUUAAAAUUCGGAGGUGUACAACUAAUCCGUUUUGCCACUGCACUGAAACUUUUGGCAUCGCUCGUGACAAUCAUCAGAGAGCACAUACAACGAAUUUGCAUUCCUCGUUUGAGUAUUCAACUUCGUGCAUCCGAAGGUGUUUAUGUCUCAAGUAUUGAAUCCCAUGGGCUGAUGACUAACCUCCAAGAAAAAGAGUAUACAAUUCAAGCGAUUGAUAUUCUACCCAAUAGUGAGAUAAAUACCAUGGUCAAAUUCAAACUUGGGCACAUUGGUCUGCACUAUCACGAUACUGGCACCGUGUCAGUUUUCCAUUACGCGGUUAAAUGGCUAUUCAGUUCAAGUCUCGAAAAGACAGUGUACUCCAAGGUCCAGAUGAUGAAUAAAAUGACGACGACGACAAUGAUGGUACCGUCCCCUUCUACUACGAAACUUAUGGGAAGUACAGAAGAUAUUAUUGGCAACCCGUUUAUUGAUUGCACUGACACAUCUAGUGUGCUUUCAAGGAUCAAGGACCCCUCUUACAUGGAUAUUCCUUUAAUGCCACCACUCUCUCCAAUUCGAGGCUCUUUAUUUGCCAAACGUCAAGUAGAGUUGUUGGUUGUUAAAAAAUUGAAAAAGGCAGUUGCUUUGAAUGAUGAGACAAUUCUUGAUGAUUGUAUAUCGUUGAUUCACAAAGAGUCAUGUGGUAAUUCUACUGGGUUUUUGGCAGCUGAUUAUAAUAGUGAUGAUGAUAAUGAUGAUGAUAAUGAUGAUGAUAAUGAUGAUGAUAAUGAUGACAAGGAGGAGGAGAAGGAACAUGUUAAUUCGAAAGUAAAGAAUGGAGCUAAUGACAAACAUGAAAGCCUGGAAUUGAUUUCCAGAGCAUCCGAAUCUGACGACAAAGCCUACUCAAGUAUUGAGCUAUUGACUGAGAUAAAAUAUGCGUCGAAUGGUCUUGAAACAUAUGUCGAGUUUUUAAUUAGCCAAAUAAGGCUAAUAAUCAGAAAACUUCAUGCCAGUAUCGGUGAUGUCGAAACUGAGUCUGUCGGUGCUUCAUCAGAGGCUUUAGAUUAUUGUCAAGAUCUUAUCUACGCUUUAAUCUGA